UUUUUAUUUAAUAAAAUAAUAAAAGUUAAGAGAAAUGAACAAGAUCAUAUUGUUAACAUUGAUAGGUUUAAUAAGUGUAUCAGGAUUCGAUAUAGAUUUCUCUUUGUUGUUGCAAGUACAUAAAGAGUUGAUAGAUUUAUUUAGACAGGAUCAGAAUCAAAUGAUGCAGUAUAAGCAGUUUAUGACUUAUUGAAUGAUUUGAAGACAAGUAACAUAGAAGCCCAAGGAGUUGCAGAUGAAAAAAACAUUUCAGAUGAAGAAAUAGGUUAAGCUAGAAUAGCUGCUUUAUCAAAAGUGAAUGAAUUAAAUUAAAAAGCAUGGGCCAGUGCUAAAGCUAGAAGAGAGUAAAUUGGAAUUGAAUAUAGAGUAAUUAAAUCCUCUAUUAUUUUAAGGAAGCUACAGAUUAUAUUGCUUGGGCUACUUAAAGAUUAGCUGAUAUUGAUAGAAGAUCAAUUGAACUAUAAGAAUUAAGGUGUUUCUCAAAUGGUUUAUUUGUAAGAGCUAUUAAAUAACAUAAUGAUGCACUUGGAGUUAUAAGAGUAUUAAAAAAUGAUUUGAGUGGAUAUUUAACAGGAUAACCCUCUUCAUUAAUAGAAGUGAAUGUCUAAAAUGUUUCAGAUAAAUUAAAAUAAUACAGUCAAUUAUUUAAUUAAGAUGCCAUGACUAAAUUUACUUAAUUAGCUGCAGAAUAAGCAUCAGGAAAUGCAGAAUUACAUGCACUUGGAUAAGAUGAAGGAUCUUCAUCAUCUUCUAGAUAACCAGGUAAUAAUGUUGGAUAACUUGUAUAUAAUGCAUUAUCUGAUCUUGAAGAUUAAUUAAGAACUUCACUUUCUAAUCUGGAAUCAAAUGAAAUCUCUGCCUAUUAUCAAUUAGCUGAUUGGCUUGCUGAUACUGAAUCUGAAGUUGCUCAUCUUAAUGAUGAAAUCUAAAGAAAAACAUAAUUAUAAGAUAAAUUAGUUGUGGUACACAUUUCAAUCCUAUCUUUUCUUAGUAAGAAUAAGCUGCUCUUGCUGUUUAAGCUAAAGCUAACAGUGUUUUGAAGGAUUCAUAAAAUGCUAUUAAUGCUGCAACUGCUUCCUUGUAAGAAUUAAGAGAUUUAUAUGAAACUGAAUUAAAUAGAAGAAAUGGUAUCAAUUCAAAUUAUUUUCAUAGAGGAAAAUGCUAUCAUUGAUGAAGUCAUUCACAUUUUCAAAUAAUAGGUUUUAGAAAUGGCUAAUCAAACCUCAUAUGGAAAGAAAUGAGUUUAAGACUUAUUUUCACACAAACCAAUUUAAAAUAU